GGGGCGGAGGAAGGGGGCCAGGGCGGAGGAAGAAAGCCGGAAGCAGCCGCGGCCCCAGCUCCAGAAACAUGGCAGGCGUUAAGGCUCUUGUGGCAUUGUCCUUCAGUGGGGCCAUUGGACUGACUUUUCUUAUGCUGGGAUGUGCCUUGGAGGAUUAUGGUGUCUACUGGCCCUUGUUCGUCCUAAUUUUCUACGUCAUCUCCCCCAUCCCCCACUUCAUUGCCAAAAGAGCCACAUAUGACUCCGAUGCCACCAGUAGUGCCUGCCGGGAGCUGGCAUAUUUCUUCACGACUGGGAUUGUUGUUUCUGCCUUUGGAUUUCCUGUUAUUCUUGCUCGAGUGUCUGUGAUCAAAUGGGGAGCCUGUGGCCUUGUGUUGGCGGGCAAUGCUGUCAUUUUCCUUACCAUUCAAGGCUUUUUCCUCAUAUUUGGAAGAGGAGAUGAUUUUAGCUGGGAGCAGUGGUAGCACUUUUCUGAUUUCUUAGACUUUGUACUAUAUGUAUAUGUGUGCACUGUGGCAUUUACUAUGGAAAUUAAUAUGCUGAGGUUUUUUAUACCUUUCUAUCAUGAUCAAUUUAAAGAAACCUUCAUAAGUAAGAGAUUAGUUUUAUUCCCAGAAAAUAGACCUCUCCAUUUACUCAUGUUGAAUUACAUUAUUUGUUUGGCUAUUCACAUAGUCAUGAUGCUUUCAGGAAAUGUAUUAAUCCAGUCUAGUAGACAGCUGCUCACUUACGCAGGGCAUCUAAACCUUUUUGCCUGGGUAGGCAGAGAACACUGAACAGGUCUCUUAUGGCCCAGAAGGACAGAGUUUGCUCUCUCUGUGUGUUGUAGACCCUUGCUUGCAAAAUGUGGUCCACAGAUCAAGAGCAUCAGCAUCUCCUAGGAGUUUAUUAGAAAUGCAGAAUCCCAAACCUUCUCCCAGGAUGUUUUGAUGAGAUCCAAGUUUACCAUAAUGUGCACUAAAGUUGGAGAAACUUUGUCAUAGAGGAAUAAACAUCACACCUAGCUUCCUUGUCUUCCUCAUGACUCAACCAUUUAACCCUCUGGGUGUUACCUGCUCAUUUGUAAAAAUUUAUCUCACCUAUCCUCAUGUUGAGAAUGAGUUCAGAUUCUCCCUGGUGUUUAUGAAAUGUUCGUACCUAUAAUAUAGGCUAUUCCUUAAAAUUGUGGAAAGUGUUCUCAGUUGGGAACAGAUAGAGCCUCAUGUCCUCUGAAAGCCAGUGGCUCUUUUAACAGUGCUGGGGUGCGUAAUAACCCAAGAGCCCUACUGGAAGUCAGGGGAGUGAGGCUUGGCUGGAACCAGUCUAGGCUUUUGUAGGAGGGAAGAGUAGGUAACACUUUUUCAGUUCCCUUUAAAAUCCCACGCUUCUUCUCAGUCCCAUCCCAAUGUCACUCCACCCCUCACUCCUCAGCAGUUCUGAUUUGCUCUUACUUCUUGAUGGCACUGGCUUUUCCUUCCCAAAGAGCUAUGGCAGUCAUGUGAGCAAGCAGACGGGAACAGCUGGAUUUUAUUAUGUGUUGAUAUACUUACUGUCAUUCACAUAAAAUUUUAUGCUGCCUUUAAAUGAAUCGUUGGGAAUGUACAUCAUGUCAGUUCCUGUAAUCAUGGUUUUUCUAGCUCAUCUUUCAUCUAAGACCUUUUGGGAGAAGGAGCUAUGAGAAAUAGAACCAUUUGAUCAGAAUACAACCAAUGACUUUAAGCAUUAAUGUAUGAUAACUGACAGACAUUCAAAACACUUCCAUUUUGAGGUUUGUGAUCUGAGUAAUUAUACCUUCAUGUGUUGGUGUGGUGCUGGACCAGAAAGUAAAAGUGAGGUCUAAAAGGAUUAUGUACAAUGAUAUUAUCUGGUUGUGUGUGAUUUUAUGCUUUCAAUGUUCUCUGUACAUAUAGAAUUGUUAAAGUUAUAUACAGCAUUUAUGUUAGAAAAACUAUUUAUAAUUUUAAUCAGCAUUUUUAAUCAUGACACUUGCACUUUAUUAUAAUAAACUUUACUUUGACCACUGAAGAA